AUGGCUGAGCACACGGUUUUCACCCUCUUCACCCUCCAACAGGUUGCUCAACACAAAUCCAAGAACAACUUUCAGGUUCUGAACGUAUCCAAGUUCUUGGAAGAACAUCCGGGAGGAGAAGAGGUGCUGUUGGAAUCGGCUGGGAAGGAAGCGACAAAAGAAUUCAACGACAUCGGACAUAGCAAUAAGGCUAAGAGCUUGGUCUUCGAGUACCAGGUUGGUGUUAUCCAGGGUUACAGUUCAAACAACAAUGAACAUUUCCAGGUUACUUCAACUGAGGAACCUAUGAAGAGAGAGAUGAGUGCUUUCGUUAUCAGGGAUGAGCAUAAACCUAAAUUUGCCGGCCUUCUCGAGUUCAUCAUACCACUGUUGGUUUCUGUUUCCUAUUUCUGUUACAGAUACCUGACAAGAGGCUCAUAAAUGUUGUAAUCGAUUUGGUUUUCAAGAUGAACCAUCAUCAAGUCAACCUCAAAAUACCCAUUUCUUCCCUUGAAAU